CAAAAUAAAGAAGAGCAUAAUGUCUGCGGCCAGUGCUGCUGAAAAUGAAUUGAACAUUUUACCGGCGAUUUAUGACGUAAUUCGAAGUAUUGAGAAAGAUUCUCAUGAUGUAAACCAGAAAUUAUCUGAUCUCCAGACCCAGCUACAGAAGGCGAAGGAGUGUGUUGACAAAUUACCCGGGAUUCAGCAAAGCAAGGACGAACAGAUCAAACGAAUCCAGAUUCUACGCAAACAGCUGAUGCUCAAGACGGAACUUCUUCAAAAACAUAAAAAUCUCUCCAACUUUGACGUGGGGGAUCAGUGA